CUGUCUGCUCAUUCCGAACCGUCAAACCGCUGUCAAACAAACCCAAACAACGCGCGUUCUCAAUUUGCGGUGAUUUGUGGUGUGAAUAUUCCUUGCUUUUCAUCGAAAUAUUAAACAAUCUACAUAAAAAAUGUCGAAAGCACACCCGCCAGAGCUGAAGAAGUACAUGGACAAGCGGCUCUCACUGAAGCUCAAUGGAGGACGAGUUGUGUCCGGCAUCCUGCGUGGUUUCGAUCCGUUUAUGAACGUAGUAGUAGACGAAUCUAUUGAGGAAUGCAAAGAUGGCACCCGUAAUAACAUCGGAAUGGUGGUUAUUCGGGGCAACAGUAUCAUCAUGGUGGAAGCAUUAGAUAGGAUAUAGUCGGCUACCGGUAUAUAACCUUCGAAUAAACUAAACAACACGUGGAAAACUUUA